CUGGGCCAUAUGGUAGCUCUAUUUUUAAUUUUUUGAGGAACCUCCCCACUGUUCUCUAUAGUGAUUGCCCAAUUUUUAAUUCCCACUGAAGUACGCAAGGGAUCCAGUUUCUCCACAUCCUCACCAACACUGUCUCCUGAAAAAAAUAGUAUGCGUCGUAGAAUAUUUUUUAACAUGCUAAAUACCUUGUUGGGAUUUUAGCAAAGAUCACAGUAUGAAAAAUUUGGGGAAGGAUUUCUAUGGCUCCCAUUUCUAAUACGAGGAAAUGUCAGCUUCUAGUUGUGUCACGUCUUGCCCAAGAGCUGCGACCGUUGACUUGUGGAGUUGGGAUGGCGUCCAAGUCAGUUGGUUGCCCGACCUUUAUUCUGCCUUGUCCCAUAGAUUUAGAAAGAGGCUGACACAUCGGGUACCUAGUUUAGGGUCAUCUGAUCCUAAGCCACAUUUAGGGUAAGUGACAUUUUUCAGAAACCAGCACCCUCCCUCUUGUCUCACUAGUGGGAAGGGGGGAAAGAACAGGACAGAAAGCUCUUCCUCUUGUGUGAGGCAGCUGCUGUGGAAACCCCACAGGCAGGAGGCCCCUGGCCAGCACAUCCUGUCAGCUUGUGUCUGCUGCAGAGUUCUGUCCUUGCACUGGUGCACCCCAGGCCAGGCCGGACUGCUGGGACCGGGGCCAUGUCUCCCCACCCCACCGCCCUCCUGGGCCUAGUGCUCUGCCUGGCCCAGACGAUCCACGCGCAGGAGGGGCCCCUGCCCAGACCCUCCAUCUCGGCUGAGCCAGGCACCGUGAUCCCCCUGGGGAGGCCUGUGACUAUCGUGUGCCGGGGCCCGGUUGGGGUUGACCAAUUCCGCCUGGAGAGGGAGGGUAGAUCCAAGUUCAAUGAUACUAAGGAUGUGUCUCAAGCUAGUCCAUCUGAGUCCGAGGCCAGAUUCCGCAUUGACUCAGUAAGUGAAGGAAAUGCCAGACGUUAUCGCUGCAUCUAUGUGAAGUCCACCAGAUGGUCUGAGCUCAGUGACUACCUGGACCUGGUGGUGAAAGAAACCUCUGGGGACACGGACUCCCCCGUCACAGAGCCCGACUCCUCAGCUGGACCCACGCAGAGGCCAUCAGACAACAGUCACAAUGAGCAUGCACCUGCUUCCCAAGGCCUGAGUGCUGAGCAUCUUUAUAUUCUCAUCGGGGUCUCAGUGGUCUUCCUCUUUUGUCUCCUCCUUCUGGUCCUCUUUUUCCUCCAUCGCCAGAAUCAGAUGAAGCAGGGGCCCCCCAGAAGCAAGGACGAGGAGCAGAAGUUACAGCAGAGGCCCGACCUGGCUGUUGAUGUUCUAGAGAGGACAGCAGACAAGGCCACAGUCAAUGGACUUCCUGAGAAGGCCACAAUCAAUGGACUUCCUGAGAAGGACAGAGAGACGGACACCUCGGCCCCGGCUGCAGGGAGUUCCCAGGAGGUGACGUAUGCGCAGCUGGACCACUGGGCCCUCACACGGAGGACAGCCCAGGCUGUGUCUCCACAGUCCACAGAGCCCAUGGCUGAGUCCAGCACGUAUGCAGCUGUUGCCAGACACUGACCCCAGGCCCACCUGACCUCUGCACCUGAGGAUAUAAAGUCACUCUAGGAAAAGGCUGAAGUGGCCAUUUGGAAGGCUUCCCCUUGGACUCAUCUUCGUCUAGAAAGCCAGACAGGCAGCUGACCUGGAGACAAGAGCUGGAGACUGGAGAUUUCUAACCAGCAUCCAGAAGGUUCGUUAGCCAGGUAGUCCCUUCUACAAUUGAGCAGCUCCUUGGACAGUUUCUCAGUUGAUUCCAGAGACCCAGCUACAGUUCCCUGGCUGUUUCUAGAGACCCAGCUUUAUUCACCUGACUGUUUCCAGAGACCCAGCCGAAGUCACCUGCCUGUUCUAGAGGCCCAGCUACAGCCGUCAGGCUAUUUCCAGAGACCCCGCUACAGCCAAUCAGCUGAUUUCCUGAGCAGUGAUGCCGCCUCCAAGCUUGUCCUAGGUGUCUGCUGUGAACCUCCAAUGACCCCAGAGACUUUGCUGUAAUUAUCUGCCUGUUAACCCUUAAAGACCUUCCUAGAAGUCAAGAGCUAGCCUUGAGACUGCACUAUACACACACAGCUGAGAGCCAAGCCCAGCUCUCUGGAUCAUGCUUUACUCUGUGCAUCAAUAAAUAAUGUUGAAUACCUCA